AUGACUGAAAUACAGAACUUGAGUUCACAGGCAAAAACACUAAAGAAACUAGCUUAUCAAUCUAGAAAAGGAAUUUCAGCAGUAAUCCUACCUACCAGAGAACAACUAUCUACUCCUAGUAUUUGUAGAUCUGAGCCAACUCAUAUACAGAUGAAAAACAAAAAGAAACAAUCAUUGCUAAAUGAAGAGAAUGGAAAUCAGAAUUUGAUCACACAAGUACAAGAUAUCAGAUACAAAGUUGAAGUUAAUGAGAAUACUGGAAAACAAAGAUAA